AUGCAUGCUCAGCCCAUCAACUUCAAUACUUUGAGAGCUGCCCUGAACAUUCAGUAUAGCCCUGGGGUUAUCCUUAGUUGUUGGAUCCCUGGUUCAAUGAGGUGUGAGGGCCGAAUCCGCAAGUACCUGGAAGUGGAGGUGGAGACAGGGAGCUCCCCGACACCGCUCGCAGGACUGCUCCAGAGCUCGGGUCUGGAUGGGGGUCCAGGGAGUUCCCACAGCAACAGCCCAGGCGAGCGGCAUAAGGCGUGCUCGGGCUCCUCAGUCCGCAAUUCGUCCCCGCGCGCUCUGGGGAGCGCGUUCUCCAGCGUCCUGGCUGUCACGGCCGUGGUCGUCCAGGCGGUGGCCUGGCUGCACCUCUGGGAGGCGGCUGGACUCACCACACCCGCCACGGCCUUCACUGCCACCCCCACCGACGCUGGCAUAAGGGCUACUUGUUCAGAAAUUAUUUUGAGGCAAGAAGUUUUGAAAGAUGGUUUCCACAGAGACCUUUUAAUAAAAGUGAAAUUUGGAGAAAGCAUUGAGGACUUGCAGACCUGCCGACUCUUAAUUAAACAGUACAUCCCGACAGGACUUUUUGUGGAUCCAUAUGAGUUGGCUUCAUUAAGAGAGAGAAACAUAACAGAGGCAGUGAUGGUUUCCGAAGACUUUAAUAUAGAAGCUCCCAAUUAUUUGUCUAAGGAAUCCGAAGUUCUUAUUUAUGCCAGACAAGAUUCACAGUGCAUUGAUUGUUUCCAAGCUUUUUUGCCUGUGCACUACCGCUAUCAUCGGCCACAUAGUAAAGAUGGAGAAACCUUUAUUGUGGUCAAUAACCCUGAUUUAUUGAUGUAUUGUGACCAAGAGUUUCCAAUUUUGAAAUGCUGGGCUCAGUCACAAGUGGCAGCUCCUUGUGCUUUGAAGAAUAAGGAUAUAUGCCAGUGGAACAAUAUGAAAUACAAAUCAGUAUAUAGGAACGUGACUCUACAGGUUCCAGUGGGACUAACUAUACAUACCUCCUUAGUGUGUUCUGUGACUCUGCUCAUUACCAUCCUGUGUUCAACUUUGAUCCUUGUGGCUGUUUUCAAAUAUGGCCAUUUUUCCCUAUAAGUUUUGUGGAGCUUAAUGCUUCCCAUAAACCUAAAUAAGACCUAUUUACUUGUGAUCAGAAGUGUUCUUCUAGGGGUGCCUGGGUGGCUCAAUCGGUUAAGUGGCUUCUUCAGUUCAUGAUCUCAGGGUCCUGAGAUCCGGCUCCUUGCUCCACAGGGAGCCUGCCUCUCCCUCUUCCUCUGUUGUUCUCCCCUGCUUAUACUCUAGCUCUCAAAUAAAUAAAAUAACAUGUUUAAAAAAAAAAAAAAAGGAGUGUUCUUCUAGAA